GCAGCUACCCCGGCCGGGCACAGCAGACCCCAGUCUUGCCGCGGCGGUCGCCGAGUACGUGCCGACGGUUUCGUUUUUCAUUUUUCCUCGCGUUGUUGGUGGCUGCGCUUUCAACCGAGGAGGCCCUCGACUCUCUGUGUGAUACAUUCUCCGACAGGCUGCGUACUAGUUCUUGGUGAAAAUCAACCCCCAGUGUGUUACGGGAAUCUUGUGCAAAGAUGACGCGAUUCUUAGACGCGACAAUAUCGCGCAGAUGCAAACCGGAAGUGGACUAGAAAGAGCCUAGACGCUCGCAGAAGUAAGACUCGCGAUACAUGGUGGAGUGACGGACCAAGAGAAUGGACCCGUGCGAAGAGGGCUGCACUCGAGGGACGAGGCUCGUCGAGACUCGUCGAUUUGAUUUCGCGUCGAUACGCGCUUCGCUUAUCGACAUGUGGCAUUAGAAUGCAUUGAUCGAGGAAGGCAGUGCGGUGAGAUUAGGAGAGAGGAAGUCCGCGUGGAGAGUGGACGACGAUGCAUCACGCAAGCGGCGGUGGCGGGCCUCAAGAGCGGGUGCACCAGGCCCCACGACCGACCCAGCCCGACAAGUGUCCCUACGAAGUGUCCUAUCAGGCGCAGAUCCCGGAUUGCUGCGCGGCCGCAGUAGCGGCACAGGACCCGUAUCCACGUCCGCCCAGCGGCUACGACGGCAGGUGUUACGAUGAAUGUCAUCGCGGAACGCCGUAUCAGGAGGAAACCUACUCUCAGGAUGUAUCCUCGACAUUCCAUCGACCACAGUCUAGACUGGGCUACGAGGACCGUCCUCAGUCCCGAGUGGGAUACGCCUCGGAUUCCAGGUGUGCCAGCGGACUCGGAUACGAUGAUACCGGUGGGGGUUACUUGGAUCAGAGUGAUCCGAGAAUGUAUUGCACCGGCGGUUAUUGUAUGGGGGACACGAUGAUGGCUACGAGUAGAGGCGUGUGCGGCGAGGAGGUCGAACUCGACAUGCGGAGGCACAUUCAGGCUUGCGCCUGCACAUGCAACCACAUGGGUUACGGGAAUUACAUGGACUAUCAGACCACGUGCCUAACAGAACUGCCAGACGUGGCGCCGUGCAACGGCACCGUGCGACUACCGCCGCCGUGCGAGGACUCGCCCAGCAGCGGCAGCAGCAAGGACCGCCGAGACGAGAGUCCUCGCAGGAGGUGUCGGCUGUUGGCGCCUGUCCUGCUCCUAGUGGCCUUCCUGCUCCUCGGAGGACUCUGUCUGCCGUUUCUCCUUCAAUCUGCGCCUGCCACGCACCAGCAAAGACUGGACGUGAUCAGGAGGAUCCUCACUGAAGUGCCUCUGAUCGACGGGCACAACGAUUUGCCCUGGAACGUUAGAAAAUUCGUACACAAUCAACUUGGCGAGGUGAACCUGAGCAGCGAUCUUGGCAGGGUCGACCCUUGGGCCAGAUCGGACUGGAGUCACACGGAUAUUCCUAGAUUACGCGCUGGCCUCGUCGGUGCACAGUUCUGGUCCGCCUACGUUCCUUGCGGUGCCGCUCAGUUAAACGCAGUCCAACUUUCGCUGGAACAGAUCGACGUGAUUCGUCGUCUCGCCGAAAUGAAUGCUCAACACUUAACCCUGGUUACCUCCGUCAAAGGUCUCAUCGAGGCACACCGAGAAGGCAAAAUCGCGAGUCUGAUCGGAGUGGAAGGCGGUCAUUCCUUGGGGAAUUCUCUGGGUGUUCUCAGGACAUUUUACGGCCUGGGAGCGCGGUAUCUUACUCUGACACACGCGUGUGACACUUCCUGGGCAGUCUGUUCGGUUGGCGAGACGAACAACACUCAGGACUCCACGCCGGGCCUCAGCGAAUUUGGAAAAGCAGUCGUGAGGGAAUUGAACAGGCUAGGCAUGUUGGUCGACCUCUCGCAUGUCUCGACAAGAACGAUGAGGGCGGCCUUGCAGACGACGAGGGCACCGGUGAUCUUCUCGCAUAGCGCUGCCAGGGCGCUGUGCAAUUCUACCAGAAACGUGCCAGACGACGUGCUCAGAAAUCUGGCUAAGAAUGGCGGAGUGGCGAUGGUUCCUUUUUAUACGUACUUCAUAACGUGCAACAGUACCGCUACCAUAAAAGACGUUAUUGCACACAUCAAUCAUAUACGUAAGGUGGCGGGGAUCGAUCACGUCGGGAUCGGAGCAGGCUUUGACGGGAUAAAUUUCACUCCCACGGGCUUGGAGGAUGUCUCGAGGUAUCCGCAACUAUUGGCUACUCUGCUAGAAGAUCCGACAUGGACGGAGGAAGACAUCAAGAAACUGGCUGGCCUCAACUUACUCAGAGUAUUCGCAAAAGUCGAACAGGUUCGUGACGAGUGGCACAGGGCAGCGGUGUUACCCGUCGAAAAGAUCAGCCCACCGGACAACUCGGCCUGUGUCUACGGCGCAUCUUGAUCCUCUUUGAGGACACUGGUGCCGGGAUUUCUCGACUUUGUGCGAUCAUCGAAAAUUCUGCGAGUAUCACGGUAUUACUGGAGUCUGUGAGGACAAGGCGUGCCCCAAAUCGUCAGAAGCUGCGAAAAACUCAUUCUAUGAGAAGGCUCCACGGAUCCAUCUCUAAUCUCUCUAAAACGGCCAAACUUGAUCGACGAAACCGCAAAAUGACUGCCGAUUUUUACUUCGAGGAUCUCAUCGCGCCUUAAAUAAAAUUUUACCGCGAGACCAAUCUCUCCGCGGAAUUGAUGGCAUCGAGGAUCCUUCGUAUCUCUCUACUCGUCCCCAACAGUCUUCAAAAUCUCAGGAUUAACGCUGUUCGCGAUGGUGUGAUGCCGAUUACGACGAAAAAUUUUUCAAUUUUAAAUCGAUACUUUCUCCAUGCUCGUAAAUUAUUGACAUAUAACAUAUUGCAAUUGUUCGCCCGGCGUUUCCGUCCAGAUUCGAAACUCGUUUCGAAUAUAUCCGGAAACUUGACCAUUGCUUUGCAACUUGCAUCGCAAACGAUAUCAUUUCAAGUAUGCGGUGCAUUCUAAUUUGGAAUAAUCACAGACACAGAAUACAAGUUUACGAAUUGCAAUUUUUGCAAUCUAUCAAGAUACAUUUAGAAAGAUUUGUUUUAAACAGCUUGUAUAAAUUAUUUCGCGAAUCUCAAGAACGAUCGAACGGAUCCUCGGGAAAAACUCUCUUGCAAGAGAUUUAUUCUUUGUUUAUUCUUAGCGUACAUUUGAUACCAAUUAUAGCCGUCUGAUUCUCGUAUCGUAUUUAUCACCAGCACGAACUUUACACGUUAGAAUAAUAAAACAGAAUCAGAAUGAAAACAGAUAGCUAUCUGGGUGUAGUACAAGUAACUACAAACAGAUUGCAGCAACUAUAAUGCUCGAUUACAAAGAAUUUCCGACAGCAAAACGCUUCGGAAAUAAAAGCCGACAUAACACGAUUAUCAUCUCAGGCAUUAUACUUGUUAGCGUUCUUUAUAUAUACAUUCAGCAGGAAGAUCACAAUCACACAUCAAGAGGCAAAUAGUACUUUUGUAAUUUUUAGGUAAAUUAACGAGACUAUAUUGUACAUAUAUUUUGAAAAAAUGUCCUGAAUACUGAGAAAUAUUCGUUCCUACGUUAUGCAAGAGUUAUAAACUCAUACACAUUUUACAUACUCAUGCAAAAUUUAUAGAUAUUUCUAUCAUCUGAGUUGUUUCAUGUAGAGAAAUUUCCUUUUUAGAUUUUUCAAACUUAAUAUACGGAAAACUAUUCGUAUUCAAACACUUAUAUAAUUUUAUUAAGAGAAAUUAUUGAUAUUUUGAUGGUUGUUAAGAAGAAGUGACUCGAAAUUUGUCAAUAAAAAUACCAUUGAUUACUGCGGUAUUUGCCAACGGUAUUUCGAAACUUCUUAUGUCUUAUAUGAAUGUCGAAUCAGACAAGUGCACUUAUAUAAUGUGCAAAUGUAACGAAAUCCUGAUAUAAGAUUAAGAAUUCGAUGAAAAGAAUAUAAAAUCUUUAGCGAUUCACUGAAACUUGAAAAAAUGUUUGUAUACGCGUCAACAAAAGGAAGGAAAACAAAGUCUUGUUUUAUGUCAAAUUUCUGUAAUAGCAACGCGAUAAAUCGACAAAUUUUCGUGUCAGUGUCAAUUUUCGUAUCUCUUUUAUUUUCGUCUUUUUCGAGAAUUGAUUGCUUUAUACAAAAUAUGAAAUUAACAUUACUUCAUCUAACAUGCAUCAGUAGACGACGGCACUUGACGCUUUUAAUUAAAUCGAUUCACCAGAGAGCGUCAGCUAUCAACGUGAAAUGUAUUCGGCACGUAGCUUGCAUUACAUCGCAUAUCGUACUAAUCCGCGUUCUAUUUCGACUAUGCUUACUCGAGUGCAUACGUAACCCGUGAGUCUAGCCGUUAUCAAUAUACCGAUGAACACUGCCAUGCUUUUAUCUUACAAUGAUCUUGACUCCUUUGAAAUCAUCAGUUUCGAAAACAUCGCGAUAGAUUGUUCACAUUGACAAUUUAAACAAUACAACAGAAUUGCGUUAGGAAGACUUCAUUGAUAAUUUCAAGUUGCAAUUCACAUGCGCUUACAAGUUUCUCACAACGUGAUAGGUCCGAUAGUACGCACUAUCCGACACUAUCCAGCUAACCAGCCAGCAUCUGACUACACGAGAAAUCUGUCAUCCUGAAUCGUCGUAUAGUCACAAGUUUUACGAAAAAAAAAUAAAACGUUAAUUAAACGAAUCACGAAAAGAAAACUUAACGCAAUCUAUAUCUUUCGAGAACUAUCGCUACGCGAGUUGUCUAUACCGAAAAUGACAUAUAAUAAUUUUCAGUAUUUACAAAAGAACGUUGCAUUCGCACGAAUCUAGGAUGUAUCAACUUGCGCCAUUUAAAAUAAUGACCAAUAACUUGUGCAUUUGUGAGAACAAUCAAUGCCUUUAACCUGCGACGUCAUUUCACGAACAAUGGAAUGUUUGUUCAUAGAAAUUGUCAAAGAACUCUUGACUCUAAACUCCCGACAAACGACAUGCUUUUGCAAUCUGUUAAGAAAAAUGCAAGAAUUUAAAGGAUUCGAUCAUUAACAUACCAAAGAUAUGUGCAAUCGUUGGCUGAAUUUCUCUCUGCGACAAAAUUCGAUUUUCGAUUGAGCAAAAGACCCAAAUUCCUUUUUCCUCAAAUUAAAGCUAACAAAAUGCAUUUGUCUCAAGAGAUCUAGCAGAUAUGUUUAAAAUGGUCAAAAUAAAAAAAAGGAAUUUACGAUUAACCAUAGUAGCGAGAUACAGUUCUCUUUUACAUACAUUUUAGCAGCAAUAAUGCAAGUAACCGCCAGGUAGUCUACUAUUAAGUAGCAUAAACGACCAAUAGGAGGAUAUGCAUAAUUUCUAAUUCGUACAGAGUAAGUCUAACAAGUAUGUAAUUACGGCACUUUGCUCAAUACCACCGAUUAGGGCGUCAGGAAGAUAUACGUGCAUACCGUUCUUUCUACAGCGUUUCUGUAAUGUGUAAACCCUUGAUGAAUCCUUCGACUACGUUUCGAUGAAGGAAAAUGAUCGUCACGAUUAUUCUUUAUAAAUCAUUUGUAAGAUGUUUCCUUCGCGCGUGGUGAAACACGAGCGAACGCUGAGACAAAUGCUGUGAACCGAUUUGAGUCGAAGGAAUACUUAGAUAAUCAUUCUCCGAGAGCGAUAUACGAGCGAGUAAUAUAGCCGAACGCAUGGGCAUUCAUUCGGGAUUGAGAAAAGAGAUCCUAUUGUCAAAGGUAUCGUGAAGAACUGGAAUAAUUUCGAGCGUUUCGAGAAUGUGGACGCGAAAAUCGUCAAAUCUAAUUGUAAAUGUCUGUUAUUUUUUAUUUAUUGAUAAUAUCGGCGAAAUUAAUUUAAAUUAAACGAAUCGACGUACCGUGAUUCUCGAGUUUGAUUUGUCUCUUUUGAAAUGACGCUUGCGUUUACAUUUUACCUAAGCCAUUAUACAAAAUACAAAAAAAUCAAAAAAGGAACAUUAGAAGAAAAGAGACAAACGUGAAACAUUCUUUUCUCGAAUAGCUCGACGAAUUAUUCUUCCGAUAGAUGAAACAGUGUUCAUUUUGUAAAACGUAACACAAGUAGAAUGAUCACAAUUGUGUAUGCGUAGAAUUCAUUUUUCUAAGAUGAUACAUAGCGCGAAUCGAACAUAGAGCGAAAUCAGAGGAAAAGUGCAAGAAAGUGAUGAGAAGAGAAAAGAAAAGCGAACAAGAAAUCUUAGCUACAUAAAAACGUGUAUAACAUAAACAACUCACACACGCAACUGCCUAGAAACUCAGAUUAAUGAUAUUAUACUUAUUAUAUUAUAUACAAUUAAUAAUAUAACAUGUCUAAACGCACAAUAAUGGGCGAGUUUGACGGGACGUAGGAUGCGUCCGUUAGAUACAAUAGAAUGUAUUCAAUCAUGACUGAGUAGACGCGUACGUGCUUGUACUCGCAGUGCGCUAUACGCCUGCAGUGUCCCAAACAACUCGGAACAUAUUUCAAUGACAGAUACUAAGGGCCAAAUUUGCCAUAAUGCCAUAAUUUUAAUGCUGAGCAGUCGAUAGCCACGAACAAUCCAAGUAUUGCGAGCGGAAAUAUAAUUAACUUUAAUUUCGGAAAUUUUGAUUAGCCCGAUAUCUUAUGCUAGAACGUAAAAAUUGCGGUACGAUAAGCUGUUUGACGAUAUUUUCGUUAAAGAAGAAUUAGCUUUGCAUGAAUAUUAAAUAUAAUAGAAAUGAAUAAUCGGUUAUGAAAAUACUGUACUGGUACUGGUAGUUUUGAGAUACAACCGUACAGCCGGCAGAAGGAGCGAAUCAGAUCGUAAUAGUACAUAUGUACUCGAGAGAGAGGGAGAGAGAGAGAGAGAUCAUAACGCGACACAUUUCUGACCGUAGCUACGAUAUUUUUCACUUCAUUCGAUGAGGAUAAUGUACUCCCGAUCACUUACCGCGAAACAAGUUUUGCGGUCGAAUACCGAUAUAUCGAGUAAUACGAGCGACAACAAAUCACUUGAUUCAGUCUUUACCAAGAUUGCCGAUUUCGCUAUCUCGGCAAAGGUAUGAUUUGGAAAGGUAAACCACUCACACGGGAAGGGCUCUACAUAUCUCUCUUUUUAUUACGACUUUCGGAUAGUUCAAUGAUGUAAAUGCAAGAAAAAUCAAUCGCGCUGUCACAAUGCUGUUUCGCAUAAAACGCACGCCUAUGAACACCAACGAGAUAUUCGCCGAGAUAUUGUCCAAGUUUAUUUUGACUUAACAAUUUCCACAUUCGACCAAGAUGAUACUUUCAAUUUAAUGAAAGACAGAUUGCAACUUUCACCGACUCUUGAGAUAAAGACUCUUUGCAGGAGAAGUAACAUCACCGACUGUCACCAAGCUAAACGCGAGAAUCGAAUCAACGUUGAACACUCGUACAUGGUCCGAGAAAGAGCGGGUAGCCGUAAAUUUUCCAUUUUGCAAACUUUGUCGAGGACGUGAAACUUUCGUGCGCUCGCAUUCUCGAUUUAUCGCUUUGUCGAACGCUCGAGAUGAAUCCUAGAAAAGGUGACGAGUUGGAGCAUUCGGAAAUAUCGUUCUAAAGAGCGUCGCCGUUUAUCGUUGCGAAAACUUGGGAACGAGAGACGGAAUGGGAGGCGUUUAAGGAGAACUUUAUUAUCAACAAAUACAAGUACAAUCAGCAGGAUGCCUCGAGCUGUUCGAUGACUAUAUAUACAGCGUGUAAAAGUUUUUAGAAAAAUUGAUUAUGUGACAGGAUGAAAGCAAGAUAGAAAGAGAGAGAGAAAGAGAACGAAAGAAAAACGAAAUUUAACUGUGUGUGUGUGUGUGUGACGAAAAUACAUUUAACAUUGCAAGGAUUAACAUAUGGCCAAAUAAAGACAUUAUGAAAAUGAAGGCGAUAUAGAGAAAGUUUUAAUAAACUAAUUCUUAAUGCUAUAGACAAGAGACAUUAUCGAUACUUAUUAUCUAAGAAACAUAGUAUAUAUAUACAUGUGCGUAAAUAUAUAUAUAUAUAUAUAUAUACAUAUACGCAUAUGUAUGUGCAUACAUUACAAAUAGACACACACAAUCAGGAAGAGAAAAAGGGAGAGAGGAAAUGAAAAAAAGAAACAUACAUGUACAUGACAUCCUAUGAACGUAAUUAUAGUGUAUAUAUUAAUAUGUGCGUAAUUACAUUAAUAUCUAUGCAAAUUAGGCAUCAAUGUACUUGCGCACGUAAAAUGUGCAUGAGACUAAUUCACUUGCUAUUAUCCAUAUGACAACAGAUAAAUAUAUACCGUAUGCAUAUGUAGGAUGUCCAGAAAAAAACUAUCGCCAUUCCUCAGCUAUGAAUUCUUUGAUAAAAUUUUCAUAUCCAGAGAGAAUUUUUAAUUUUUUAUAUUCAAUGACUUAAAUAUCUUGAUGAGAAAAAUUAGAUUAAAACUUUGUGUCUAUGUGAAAAAGAUAUCUUAAAAGUAGACGUUUUAAGUUAGAAAAAGAAAGAUCUUUCAAUUUUUUGACGAAUCAAAAGCUUAACAACUUUUACUUAAAAAAUCUGAAAUUUGCAGUAUUGAAAGAAUUGUUAAAGAGAAAGGGCGGUGAUAAUUGUGGAACAUUCCAUAUAUAACGAAGAAAUGCGUGUGUGUGUGUGAGAAAGAGAGAGAGAAAGAAUAUAAAUGUAUGAAUGAGAGAAACAACUCAUGCGGAAGAAUGCAAAGAGAUUAGAAAUGCAAAUUAAUUGAGAAUUUUUUAAAGAAAGUCGAACCACAUUUUUCGAGUGUACACACACCGGUUUCGAUAAAUUUACGGAAACACAUUUACAAGUGGUACAUUUACUUGCAGUUUUAGUUAGAGUGCGAGAAAGGUAAAUUUAGAACACGCGCGUACGCACUAACUUUAGACGUUUGGGUUGGUUUGAUGUUAGAAACGAUAGAGAACGAAAGAGAACCUCUCGAAUCGAUCGUCGUAGAUGCGUCUGAAAUGCGGCAAUAAAAUCGAAUCGUAUCAUGAAAUGACGAGGUUGUUUCCGCGAAUAGUUAAUUAGUUUUAUUGGACCCUUAUCGUAGGGACAGUUUGCGCAUUUUUAAAAAACAAUCUUUUUUUUAAAUAUGCUGCGUAUCGGCUUAUCGACGAGAUAUAUGGCGCAUAACUCGCCGUUUGCUAAGUAGCUUUACAUUAAUUAGACGCGCUUACUUCGCUAUAAAAUUCAAUUUCAUUCUUAUACUACUAUACGCCAUCGAUAUUCUAUUACAAACCAUUUUAGCCAAUGAAUUAACAGCAUUUAUACUCGAACUUUCUUGAUAGUAGAUUACGGUCGUUAAAUUUUGGUAUACAAGUAAAAAGAAUAAGCGAUAAAGCGUGAUAGGUUGAAAGAGAUCUUUCGAAAACCUUUAAAAGCUUGCAAAUAUCGCACAUGAUACGUCGAGUAAAUUGUUGCAGCGUAUAGGCAAAUUAUUGAAACAAUUAAAUAAUCUUGCGCAAACUUUGCACGAUAAAUGCGAAAGGUGAUAAACUCGUCAACCUCGGCGAAACAAACAGAUUCGAUUUUAAAUGUCAAAUAUUCAAACAAAAUUGUUAUUUCGCGUAAGGAAACGAGUUUUGCGAAAAGCGGCCGACGAGCGGAAGACGAUCGCAACGGCAGCGAUUUUAUCUACGUUAAUCUAGAAGACAUUGCUGGAACAAUGAUUUGUACGCCUUCUAUGAAGGACCCUAGAGUACGUUAUGUUACCUAAUACCCAUAAGCACACAUUAUCUAAUAAAUAUUAUUUACAAAAUCAA